GUCCGAGCGCCAGGCGCUGAGCGCUGAGCCCGAAGGCGGGGCGAACAAAGCGGCGGCGGCGAGGGCGGCCCAGGCCCCGGACGCGUGGAGCGAGCGACCCGCCGGGCCUUUGUCUCGGGCGGGGCAGAAGCUGCGGCGGCCGCGGGGCGCUCCGAGCGCAGAAUGCGGCGCUCGGCGGGGCGGAUUGCGGGGCGCUGCGGCGGCGGGCUGCGCGGAGCCCCGGCCGGGGCCCGGGGGGACUUGCGGCUGUGAGAGGGGGUCCGGUGCGCUGCCCGGCGCCCGCCCCGGGACCACACGUGGGCGGGAGCGGCGGCCCGCGAGGAACCGGAGGAGGAGGAGGAGGAGGAAGAGGAGGGGACCCGCGGCGGCGCAGCGGGGACCCGGGGCCGCCCGCGCGAAGCCCCGCCCCGGCCGCCGAGCCCCGCGCGGGCGGGCGGGAUGCCCCGCGGCCACCGCACUUUGGCCGGAGCGCUGCUCUGAACGCGCCGGCCCAGCGAGCGGCGGGCGGGCGGGCGCCGCGGGCGCCAUGGAGCAGUGGCGGCAGUGCGGCCGCUGGCUCAUCGACUGUAAGGUCCUGCCGCCCAACCACCGGGUCGUGUGGCCCUCGGCGGUGGUCUUCGACCUGGCACAGGCGCUGCGCGACGGCGUCCUCCUGUGCCAGCUGCUUCACAACCUCUCCCCCGGCUCCAUCGAUCUCAAGGAUAUCAACUUCCGGCCGCAGAUGUCCCAGUUCCUGUGUUUGAAGAACAUUCGCACCUUCCUGAAAGUCUGCCACGACAAGUUCGGGCUGAGGAACAGCGAGCUCUUUGACCCCUUCGACCUCUUCGAUGUCCGAGACUUUGGGAAGGUCAUCUCCGCCGUGUCGAGACUCUCGCUGCACAACCUGGCCCAGAACAAAGGGAUCCGGCCCUUCCCGUCGGAGGAGACCGCGGAGAGUGACGAUGACGUGUACCGCAGCCUGGAGGAGCUGGCCGACGAGCAUGACCUGGGGGAGGACGUCUACGACUGCGUCCCGUGCGAGGACGAGGGGGACGACAUCUACGAGGACAUCAUCAAGGUGGAGGUGCAGCAGCCCAUGAAGAUGGCCAUGACAGAGGAUGACAAGAGGGGCUGCUGCCUGCUGGAGAUUCAGGAGACGGAGGCCAAGUAUUACCGGACCCUGGAGGAUAUCGAGAAGAACUACAUGGCCCCCCUGAGGCUGGUGCUGAGCCCGGCGGACAUGGCGGCCGUCUUCAUCAACCUGGAGGACCUGAUUAAGGUGCAUCACGGCUUCCUGAGGGCCAUCGACGUGUCCAUGAUGGCGGGGGGUGGCACUCUGGCCAAGGUCUUCCUGGACUUCAAGGAAAGGCUCCUGAUCUACGGGGAGUACUGCAGCCACAUGGAACACGCCCAGAACACGCUGAACCAGCUCCUCGCCAGCAGGGAGGACUUCAGGCAGAAAGUCGAGGAGUGCACGCUGAAGGUCCAGGAUGGGAAGUUCAAGCUGCAGGACCUGCUGGUGGUCCCCAUGCAGCGGGUGCUCAAAUACCACCUGCUCCUGAAGGAACUUCUGAGCCAUUCCACCGACCGGCCAGAGAGAGAGCAGCUGAAAGAAGCGCUGGAGGCCAUGCAGGACUUGGCCAUGUACAUAAACGAAGUGAAACGGGACAAGGAGACCCUGAAGAAGAUCAGCGAAUUUCAGAGUUGUAUCGAAAACCUGCAAGUGAAGCUGGAGGAAUUCGGGCGACCCAAGAUCGACGGGGAACUGAAGGUCCGGUCCAUAGUCAACCACACCAAGCAGGACAGGUACUUGUUCCUGUUCGACAAGGUGGUCAUCGUCUGCAAACGGCGAGGCUACAGCUACGAGCUGAAGGAGGUCAUCGAGCUGCUCUUCCACAAGAUGACCGACGACCCCAUGAACCACAAGGACGUCAAGAAGUGGUCCUAUGGCUUCUAUCUAAUUCACCUCCAAGGGAAGCAGGGCUUCCAGUUUUUCUGCAAGACCGAAGACAUGAAGAGGAAGUGGAUGGAGCAGUUCGCGAUGGCCAUGUCAAACAUCAGGCCUGACAAGGCCACCGCCAACCACCACAGCUUCCAGAUGCACACGUUUGAAAAGACCACCAGCUGCACGGCCUGCAGGAUGUUCCUCCGGGGCACCUUCUACCAGGGUUACCUGUGCACCAAGUGUGGCGUCGGGGCGCACAAGGAGUGUCUGGAGGUGACCCCUCCCUGCAAGAUCAGUUCACCUGCAGACCUGGACGCCUCUGGAGCGGGGCCAGGUCCCAAGAUGGUGGCCGUGCAGAAUUACCACGGCAUCCCCGCGCCCCCCGGGAAGCCUGUGCUGACCUUCCAGACAGGCGACGUGAUCGAGCUACUGCGAGGUGACCCCGAGUCGCAGUGGUGGGAGGGUCGGCUGGUGCAAACCAGGAAGUCGGGUUACUUCCCUAGCUCGUCUGUGAAGCCCUGUCCGGUGGAUGGAAGGCCACCCAUGAGCCGGCCACCGUCUCGGGAGAUGGACUACACCGCCUACCCCUGGUUUGCCGGCAACAUGGAGAGGCAGCAGACCGACAACCUGCUCAAAUCCCACGCCAGCGGGACCUACCUGAUCAGAGAACGGCCGGCGGAAGCUGAGCGUUUUGCCAUAAGCAUCAAGUUCAACGACGAAGUGAAGCACAUUAAGGUGGUCGAGAAGGACAGCUGGGUCCACAUCACGGAAGCCAAGAAAUUUGAAAGCCUCUUGGAGCUGGUGGAGUACUACCAGUGCCACUCGCUCAAGGAGAGCUUCAAGCAGCUGGACACCACGCUCAAGUACCCCUACAAGUCACGGGAACGCUCGGCCUCCAGGGCCUCCAGCCGGUCCCCAGCUUCCUGCGCCUCCUACAACUUCUCUUUUCUCAGCCCUCAGGGCCUCGGCCUUGCUUCUCAGGGCUCCUCCGCCCCCUUCUGGUCAGUGUUCACGCCCCGCGUCAUCGGCACGGCUGUGGCCAGGUACAACUUUGCUGCCCGGGACAUGCGGGAGCUCUCGCUGCGGGAGGGCGACGUGGUGAAGAUCUACAGCCGCAUCGGCGGGGACCAGGGCUGGUGGAAGGGCGAGACCAACGGCCGGAUUGGCUGGUUUCCUUCAACAUAUGUAGAAGAGGAGGGCGUCCAGUGACAGCACGAAAGCCAGCAGGACUCGCGGAUUUUCUUGGAAGAGUCGCUCCAGCUCUGAGUCUGUGUCUCGCUCCGCGACUCGGAGGGGAGACGGCCGCCAACCUUCCAGAGUCUCCAGCAGCCUGUGGGGCUGGGAGGGUGUUGAGAAUCCUACACGUGAACCGUCCCCAACAUCUGCCCUUGGUGGCGUCCUGGGUACGCUGCUUGUACAUAGAGGAAAGCCGGGCCACCCGCUCGGCUGCCGCCACCGCAGUGCUGAGGGGGAGGGGGUGCCGGUGGCAUCCCGAGCCAGGCUCUGGGCACAGCCAAGGCCAGAGCACAUCUCACCUUUGUCCUGUCGAGAUGGCCUUCGGGAGCCCAGGUCCGAAUGCAGACGCCGUCCCAGGGAGGGCUGGGACCUGCCCCGGCCCCUUGCGCUCAGCCUCUGGACCCUCAGUCCUGCUGGUCCCUGUGCUCCCGGGGGCGCUUCAGGCCUUGAGAGGCAGAGGGGCCCUCAGCCAGGCUGCUGUUCUUGGGCCCAGAGGGAGCAAGCACGCAGGCACCUGUGCGGCCCCUCGGCCCCCUCCUGCCCAUCUGCACCAGGGGUGUGCGGAGACCCCAGGGCAGCCCUCUCGGGGGAGGGGAGCCUCAGGAACGAUGAAGCUGCCAACCCUGCCCCCGGCCCCUGGUACUGUCCUUGGCCCCGCGUCCUUGGUGUGUGUCUGUCCUGUCCUGCUGCCAGGUGGAUACAGCGUUUGUAAACCCGAUACGGGCGGGAAAAAGACAGGGUUUCUCCACUCGCUCGGUCUCUGCUGCUCACAUUCCUCUCCGGGAGGCCGCCCACUGCUCCCCGGCGUCUCCUGGGACUUGCAAGGUGGUCCCGGGACUCUUUCCAGCCUCUCCCCAGCCUCGGCACGGGUGUCAGUUCCAGCCUGUGGCAAGUCCCCCUUCCAGGGCCUCCUGCAGCCCAUGAAAUGGGACCUGCGGCCAGCCCGAGAUAAGUGCUCUUGGGGUGGCUCCUCCUCCGAACGCCCCCUCCUCACACCUCCUGGCCCUUGACCUCUGGCCCGACCCCAGAUGUUACAUGAGACCCAGUGACACGGUUCUCUCUGCGCUCCGCCCCAGAGCUACCGGAGCAGCUGGGCCCUGUGGUCAGCUGCACGAGGUUGGGUGUCGCCGAGGCCGGGCCCUGCCAGGGCGGGCGCUGGUGGCCACGCCGCACCCUGGGGUUCCCCCGAGGUCGGUCUCAUAAUCUCGGGGCUCAGCUCCCACAGUCAGCACCCGGCGUGGGGCACAGGCAGGGAGGGCUCUGAGAGCGCGGAGAGCGGGCGGAACAGAAGGCCGCCAGCAAAGGCUUGGACUUGAGGGCGACAGGGUUGCAUUUGGGGGCAGUGGGGCCGGGGCCGCGGGGGGCGGGGGGAGGACCCCCACGGAGAGAGCGGACCCGCAUCCCUGUCAUCAGGACGCACCGGCACUUUGCACGUGACCUUGGCUCGGCCGUGAGCCCGGGAUGGGAGGGAGGAACCAGCUGGCCCCGUUCGUGUUUACGGUUUGUCGGAAAGGGUUUUGGUUUUUGUCGUCGUCGUCAUUGUUGGGGUUUCGUUUUGUUUCGUUUGGGUUUUGGUUUGGCUGGUUUGCUUUUUAAGGGGGACGAACGUGUGUAAUUAUUUCAUCCAAAGCUCCCUUUAUGUAUGUGACUAAUAAGGAAGAGAUUUUAUCAUAGCACCAGAAUAACUGUAUAUGUGAGGCCAUCGUGAAACAAGGCACUGCGGUUACGAAGGACACUGAGCAAACCCUGGUUCUGGUGAAUGUUUUGCUUCGUUUUUCUUUGUUUCGAAACUCGGAUUGGUUCGGUUCGUCUUUGCACUGCAGGAGGGGAGGAGGAGGGCUGGGCGCAGGCUGGGAUGCGGGUGAUUUCGGCAGGAGACGGGACACCCUCGGGGCGGGGUGGGGGGCUUCGGACCUGGGGCCUGAGAUUAGCUGGGAACACGUAGGCGCCCAAUGCAUGCGGGUCAGGGGUCUGGGGGUCCUGCAGCUGGCGGUGACCCCAAACAGAACACAGACUGUACAUUUGCCAAGAGGUUUUUUUUCCCCAGACCAUGGUUUUACCGCCAAUAAACCUGAGUUCUUUUCUGCA